AUGAAGACCUUCACUGAGAUGCCGCCGUUUGUGAUUUCCUUCAUACAAAAACAGCAUAUGUUCUGGGUGGCUACGGCGCCUCUUUCUGCAGAUGGACAUGUUAAUCUUUCACCAAAAGGAUUAUCUGGUACUUUUCAUAUCAAAGAUGAAAACACCGUUUGGUAUGAAGAUAUGACUGGUAGUGGCGUCGAGACCAUUGCACACUUGAGAGAGAAUGGACGGAUGACUAUUAUGUUCUGCGCAUUUGAAGGACCUCCUCAGAUCGUGAGGCUACAUGGACGCGGCAAAGUUUACGAGUACGACUCGUCGGAAUACAACAAACUUAUUCCUCUGAACGAAAGGCAGCCGGGCUCACGGUCUGUCAUCAUGCUACACAUACACAGAGUGGGGACGUCCUGUGGAUUCUCUGUUCCGUUCUACACCUUCAAAGGCGAUCGCAUGCGCCUUCAUCAAUAUUGCGCCAAGUCAGAACGAGCAGAUCUGGCAGCGGCUGACGCAUCUCAGCCAAGUUUGAAUGGACUCGCGACAUCAUUCCCCGACGAGAUUGCAGACAAUGGCGUCAGGCGCUACUGGGCAGUUCUCAAUAAAACCAGUAUUGAUGGUCUUCCUGGAAUCCAGGAUGCACAUAAAUCGAAGACGCUCUUCGACCGCGAUAUUGCUAACAAAGAGUGGAAACAAGAAAGCCUCUCGCGCGCAGCACACCAGCAACAUUCGCAGCAUCAGACUCUCGGGGUGACAACCUGGGUAGACCCAAAACUUUUUGUUGCACUUCGAUACGUGAACAACAUGGGAAAGACCUUCGACGAGAUUCCUGCAUUUGUUGUUCCAUGGAUACAGAAACAGCGCAUGUUUUGGGUUGCUACGGCUCCUCUCUCCAAAACUGGUCACGUCAAUGUCUCUCCCAAAGGCUUUGCAGGGACUUUUCACAUCGUUGACCAGAAGACAGUUUGGUAUGAAGAUAUGACUGGCAGUGGAAUAGAGACUGUUUCACAUUUGAGAGAAAAUGGAAGAAUGACCAUUAUGUUCUGUGCGUUUGAAGGACCACCUCAGAUAGUCAGGCUGUUCGGACAUGGAAAAGUCUUUGAGUUUGAUACCCCGGAGUACAAUGAACUUGUACCAUUGGAUAAACGGCAGCCGGGGUCCCGCUCAGUCAUUGUAUUGGAUAUCCACAGAGUGGGAACUUCCUGCGGGUAUUCAAUUCCCUUCUACUCCUUCAAAGCGGAACGUAUGAGACUGCAUCAGUUUUUCGCAAACAAGGAAAUGGCAGAUAUUGAGGCUGAAGUCAAUGCUACGAAGAUUGGGGAAGACCAGGAUGAUAGCAAAGGCGAACAGCCGCGAUACCCUGUCACUGAGAAUGGAGUCAAAAACUAUUGGCUUGUCAGAAACAAGGAGAGCAUCGAUGGCUUACCAGGAAUUCAGACGGCUUAUAAGUCCGGUACUACGUUUGAUCGGCGAAUUUCAUCCAAGGAAUGGAAACAACAAAACACGUUCAUGGACGCGUUACGAGCUAAAUUGAUGCCCUAUAUCACGAAUUGGAUAGACCCAAAGCUUUUAUCGGGCGUUGCGCUGGGUGUGGCUGUCAGCGUGCUUUGGAAUAGUCUUACUAAAGGGUCGGGAAGAAUAAUGGUCUAG